GCAAGCUGCGUGCGCGCUGGCGCUCGGUUGCUUGCUCCCGCCCCAACCUCAGAACGGCUCUCAGGCAGCCGAAACCUCACGACCUCACGGCCCAACCAUCAACAGCGUCGGGUCAUGUAACCGUCGUGCUGCGUUUUUCGACCCUCAUAUGAAUUUCUACGGCUAUAGCUAUCCGCCGUUACCGCAACACCCCGGCUUCACCUCGAUCCUCCCCGCUUCACUCGGUACCCGGCAAGCGAGGAUCAGUUACAUAUACGAUGGAUACCAGCUGCUGUCAAAGCAAGCAGUGAAAUCCGGGAUCCUAUAAACGAGCAGCUAUUCCUUCUCAGUUUGCACCUGCACGACGAACUCGAAACUACCCCACCAUGCACAAAGAAACCCCAGUAGCCCUUCACAUCCACGGCGAGGACAUCAUCACCUCCACCACCUUUCCCGUCCUCAACCCCCUCAGCAACUCUCCCGUCCACUCCUGCUCCUCCGCCUCCAAAUCUGAAUGGUCCGCAGCCCUCAAAGCCGCCGAAGACGCAUUCGAGACGUGGAGGGACACAUCUCCUUCCACGCGCCGCCUGAUCUUCCUCAAAGCAGCGGAUAUCUUGUCAGGAUGGGAAGAUAAAGUAAAGGAGUUCAUGACGGCCGAAGUCGCCGCUACGCCAUCAUGGGUCAAAGUCAACAUCAACGCCGCCGUCGCACAAUUCCGCGAAGUAGCAGGCCUCGCAACCCACAUCAAAGGCGAGAUCGUCCCCGCCGACCGCCCAAACACCACGAUCAUGGUCCUCCGUGAAGCCGCCGGUGUCGUAUUCGGUGUCGCUCCCUGGAACGCACCCAUCACCCUUACCGUCCGCGCGAUCGCAACCCCGAUCAUGUGCGGUAACACCGUCAUCCUCAAACCCUCCGAGUUCUCCCCCGGCUCUCAGCGCUUAGUCGUGGACGCCCUCAUCCAAGCCGGUCUCCCCAAGGGCGUAUUGAACUACCUCCCCGUCUCAACCUCCGACGCACCCGCCAUGACAGAAUUCUUCGUCCGCGCUCCGAGCGUGAGGAGGGUGAACUUCACCGGCUCCACCCGCGUCGGGAAAAUCAUCGCUCGUCUUGCCGCUGAGGAAUUAAAACCCUGCGUUCUCGAACUCGGUGGGAAAGCACCUGCGAUCGUGCGUGCGGACGCGGAUAUUCCCUCCGCAGCCAAAGCGAUCAUCUUUGGUGGUCUUUGCAAUGCGGGUCAGGUGUGUAUGUCGACCGAACGUGUCCUCGUCCACGAAAGCAUCGCACCCGCGUUCAGAUCCGAGCUCAUCGCACAAUGCAAAGCCCUCAAAACGGGUGACGGUGGGCAAAUCAGUGGUCUCCAAACCGGUGCAGCAGCAAAGAAGGUCGUGGAGCUAAUCCAAUCCGCAAAAACCCAAGGCGCACAUAUCCUCCUGGGCGACUGCAAGAUUAACCGGAACUCACUCCUCGGACCACACGUCGUCUCCGGCGUCACCACCUCCAUGGACAUCUGGUCCACCGAAUCCUUCGGCCCCGUGCUCUCCCUAACAACCUUCUCCAGCGACGCCGAAGCUAUCCGUCUCGCAAAUUCCUCCACCUACUCCCUCUGCGGCUCAGUCUUCACCCGCGACACCCUCGCCGGUACCCAAAUCUGUCGAAAACUCCGUUGUGGAGCGACGCAUGUCAACGGACCUACCGUCUAUAUCGAGCCUACGCUUCCGAAUGGUGGCGUCGGGGGUGCGAGUGGGUAUGGGAGGUUUGGGGGGAUGAGUGGGGUGGAUGAGUUUAUGGAUAAGAGGAUUGUUACGGUCUGUGCUGCUGGGACGGAGUUCAAUCUUGCUUGAUUCGAGAAUGUUGGU